GGAACCUUCCUCGGCCCUUUCCAAAACCCCCCUCCCGCCCCCCGGCCUCUACAACCGAUAUAAUCAUAAACCUCAUUCUGCCCCUUCUCCUCUCAGGCUCGUCUCUCUCUCUCUCUCUCUCUCUCUGUGUUAUGGAGGAUAACCAGAGCUAUGCUCUCAACGGGAAGAUUAUGCUAUGUUCAGUGGUCACUGUAUUCCUUGUCCUACUCAUCAUGGUCGGCUUUCGUAUCUUCUCUCGAUGCUUCUUCGACAAUCACCGCCGAAGACGCCGGCGAGCCCGCCAUUCCUCAUAUUACUCCGUUACCCCCAACACCACCACCUCUACUCAAGGCCUCGACCCCUCCAUCCUCCAUGCCCUCCCAACUUUCACCUACUCCUUUAAAACUCACGACUCUCCGCUGGAGUGCGCCGUCUGCUUAUCCGAGUUCGAAGACGACGACAAAGGCCGAGUCUUGCCCAAAUGUGAACACUUUUUUCACGUCGAGUGCAUUGAUACGUGGUUCCAGUCUGUCUCCAAUUGCCCGCUGUGCAGAGCCCCGAUCGUGGCCGAUAUUUCGGUGUUGAAACCCGAAAUCUCUUCCGAAACGGAGAAUGAACCCGUUGGUGCACUGACAGAACCGGCUCAUACGGAAGCAGCUGAAAGGGGUGUCUCGGAGUUUUCACAGCCGGUGAAUCUGGGACCCAAUGGUUGCCGGAGAAAGCCAUCUGAGCUUAUGGGUGUAGUUGUAGAGGUGCCUCGGUUGGGAGGGUUGGAUGAGAUGGAUUCGGGUUCACCCGGGGAAUACCGGGCACUCUCGUUGAAGAGGAUUUGUAGCAUAUGAGGGGAAUAUGCUGUGAUGCUCAUGAAUCGGAAGUCGAACCGGAGACAAGGAGCAAUGGGUGGCUGUUCCGUGUUAGCAGAAGCACUGUCUAAGAACACAUGGCACUAAUCUUGCAUGUAAAAAUUUAGUUAUAACUACAAUUAUGUAUUAA